AUAAAAGAAAGAAAUGUCACUAAACACCAAAGCUGAUGUGGAAACAUGGCAGGCAUUUAAAAACCACUGGAUUUUAUGGAAAUUUUUCGGUUUACAGCCACCAAAACGUGACUCUAAAUGGUUUAAGCCAUACAUUGCGUAUGCGAUAUUCCUGAAUGUGACCGUUACACUGCUGUUUCCCACUACGCUCAUUGUCAAUUUGAUACUUUCGAAAAACUUAACGGAAUUAUGUGAAAAUCUUUAUAUGACAACAACGGAUGUGAUCUGCAAUAUAAAAUUUUUAAAUGUUGUUGUGAUGAGGCAUAAACUGCUAAAGGUGCGUACAAUUUUACAACGUUUAGAUGCCAGAGCGAAAACCCACAAAGAAGUGGCCAUAUUGGAGGAGGGCAUUAAAUUGGCUAGAAAAUGUUUUAUGACUUUUGUACGUUUGUUUUGUUGUGCCAUAAUCAGCAGUCAAAUGAUGGUUUAUCUUUCAAGCGAACGAAUACUAAUGUAUCCAGCUUGGUAUCCCUGGGAUUGGAAGGCAUCAAAGAGGAAUUUCCUCUACGCACACUCGUAUCAAUUGUAUGGAUUAAUUUUGCAAGCAAUACAAAACCUUGGCAACGACACGUAUCCACCGACGUACUUAAUCAUUUUAACAGCUCACAUUAAGGCAUUAGCCUCGCGCAUCAAGGACUUGGGUACUAAUGAAGCAACUACCGAUGAAGACUUGUAUAAAGAACUAACGAAUUGCAUCAAUGACCACAAUACCAUAAAUGAACUUUUUCUCAAUAUCCAGGAAAUUAUUUCUCCUACAUGUUUUGCUCAAUUUAUGGCCACUGGAUUAGCUCAAUGUACCAUUGGGGUCUAUCUGAUUUAUGUGGGUCUACAUCCUUCGAAAACUCUCAACAUCAUCAUAUAUUUCAGUGCGGUUACGAUGGAAAUUUUUAUUUUGUGUUAUUAUGGCGACUUGUACUGUCAGGCUAAUGUGCAUUUGACCGAGUCCAUAUACGACUGCAAUUGGAUGGAUCGCGAUAAGAAAUUUAAAAAGGCAUUUUUGGUUCUAUUGCAGCGUUCACAGAAAACAAGCAGUAUAAUGGCGGGAAAUUUGAUUCCUGUGCGAAUGCCAACAUUCGUUAGUGUUAUGAAAACAGCAUAUUCAGUGUUUACAGUUCUCAAUAAAGUCAACUAAGCUCAAAUUCAACUAAAUAUGUAAAUAAAACUUAUUUAAAUAUUUUUUUUUGUAGCUGCCGAAUGUAAUCAAAUGGAAUAGAUUAA